AGGGUGGGAAAUUAAGGUAGAAAAGCAGUUAUAUUCAUUUAUUCGAAUGAGAUUCCAUUCUCUCUCAGUUCCUUUUCUUCUCAGAACAAAACAGCAACAACACCUUCAAAUCCAAAAUCAAAACGCUCUCUCUUCUUCUCUGUAAUUCUAUAUAUCUAAAUCUAAAUAAACAAAUAUAAUUAAGUGUUAAGUUAUCGCUCUUAAAUUAGUAUAUCUAUUAACAAGUUGAAGGUUGAUUCGAUUUCCUUCACUCGGAACAACACGUCACCAAUUUUGCUUUUUCAUUCUUUAUUCUUCGAUGGCGAUUUACCAGAGCGUGGGCGCCACCGCCACUGUUCAGGGAGAUUCAGGUGCUAACAGCUCUACCGUGCGGCGGAGACGCGGCGGCGGCGCCACCUCUGCUACGCCGUUGGAGAAGGUGGAGCUGGACGCCUUCGAAGGUGAGAGUUCGAGUGAGGAGUUGGCGAAGGAUUCAAGCUCCGACGAUAACAAUAACGGUAAUGGAGUGGAUGAUGCAUCAAAAGGCAACCGUCAGCAAAACGCCGCCGAUUUUUCCGCCGUGAACUUCGAUUACCGACCUUCGUUCCCAGCUCAUCGCAGAAUCAGGGACAGUCCACUCAGCUCCGGCAACAUUUUCAAACAGCAGAGUCAUGCGGGCCUCUUCAACCUCUGCAUAGUGGUGCUUGUUGCGGUUAACAGCAGACUUAUCAUUGAGAAUUUGAUGAAGUAUGGUUGGUUGAUUAAGACUGAUUUUUGGUUUAGUUCAACAUCUUUGAGCGAUUGGCCUCUCUUCAUGUGUUGUCUUACUCUUUUACUAUUCCCUGUUGCUUCCUUCAUAGUAGAAAAGUUGGCACAGCAUAAAUAUAUUCCUGAACCAGUCGUUGUGAUACUUCAUAUAAUCAUUACAUCAACUUCACUUCUGUAUCCGAUUUUUGUAAUUCUCAGAUCUGAUUCUGCUUUCCUAUCAGGCGUCACAUUAAUGCUAUUUGCUUGUAUCGUGUGGUUAAAGUUAGUGUCUUAUGGACAUACGAACUAUGACUUGAGAGCACUUGCCAAAUCAAAUGAGAAGGUAGAAGGAUUACCCAGUACGCUCAGUAUGGACUAUCCUUAUGAUGUAAGCAUAAGGAGAUUGGCAUACUUCAUGCUUGCUCCUACAUUAUGUUACCAGCCAAGCUAUCCCCGCACGCCAUCUAUUCGAAAGGGUUGGGUCUUUCGUCAACUUGUCACGCUGAUAAUAUUUACAGGAUUAAUGGGAUUUAUAAUAGAACAGUAUAUUAAUCCGAUCGUACAGAAUUCACAGCAUCCUUUGAAGGGAAACCUUUUAUAUGCGAUUGAGAGAGUCUUGAAGCUUUCUGUUCCAAAUUUAUAUGUGUGGCUCUGCAUGUUCUACUGCUUUUUCCACCUUUGGUUAAAUAUACUUGCAGAGCUUCUGCGAUUUGGUGAUCGUGAAUUUUACAAGGAUUGGUGGAAUGCAAAAACUGUUGAUGAGUAUUGGAGGUUGUGGAAUAUGCCUGUUCAUAAAUGGAUGAUCCGCCAUCUAUAUUUUCCAUGUAUAAGACAUGGUGUGCCCAAGGGUGUUGCUCUUUUAAUAGCCUUCCUCGUUUCUGCUUUGUUCCACGAGCUGUGCAUUGCCGUUCCGUGUCAUAUAUUCAAGCUUUGGGCUUUCAUUGGAAUUAUGAUGCAGGUUCCUUUGGUCCUGAUCACUAAUUAUCUGCAAAAUAAAUUCAGAAGCUCAAUGGUUGGUAACAUGAUUUUUUGGUUCAUAUUCUGUAUUCUUGGUCAACCUAUGUGCGUACUACUAUACUACCAUGAUUUGAUGAGUAGGAAGGUCAAAACUGAAUAAGCUUAAGCAAGCAAUUACAUCAUUAACUCUACAUGUGGGUGAGUAAUUCACUUAUUCGAGAGAUAUGCUGCUCAAUAUUGAUUUCUGAGGAGGCUAUAUUCACCUACAUAUAUCUAUGUAUUCAGUCUCAAUACUCAAAUCUUCUGUCAAUUGUAACAAAUAUGCAAACAAUUUUGAAAGCAAUGCACAGGCAAUGGUACUGCCAAGUAACACUGUAAUAGGUUUCUGUUAAUUAAUGGAAGAAAUGGAAUAGCUGUAAAUGGUUUGGUUCAA